UAUAGACCUCAUAACAUGCGCCCUGAAGACAGAAUGUUCGUGACCAGACAUGUUAUCUUGAGAACCCUCCUCCUUGGCUUUUGGUUGAGUCUCCGAGGAGCUGGGGCCAUCAAGGUGAGUGCUCAGAGGACCUUUGCCAUGUUUGUACAGACACAUAGACCAACAGGGGAGUGUAUAUUGAGUUUGGAUGAGGAUGAGCGUUUUAUGGAUCUGGACAAGAAGGAGACCAUCUGGCAUCUGGAGGAGUUUGGCCAAGCCCUUGUCGCUGACGCUCAGGGCGGGCUGGGCUAACAUUGCUGGGUACUGAACAACCACUUGAAUACCAGGAUCCAGCCGUUCCAACCACUCUCUCAGGCCGCCAAUGAUCCCCCUGAGGUGACCGUGUUUCCUAAGGAGCCUGUGGAGCUGGGCCAGCCCAAUACCCUCAUCUGCCAUACUGAGUUCUUCCCACCAGUGCUCAACGUCACGUGGCUGUGCAAUGGGGAGCCCGUCACCGAGGGUGUCACUGAGAGCCUCUUCCUGCCCAGAACAGAUUACAGAUUGCAUAAGUUCCAUUUGACCUUUGUGCCCCUCGGCCGAGACUUCUAUGACUGCAGGGUGGAGCAUUGGGGCUUGGACUACUACCUCGCUACACCGGGCACAGCCCAGAGUUUAAUCCAGAUGCCUGAGACAACGGAGACUGCCUGUGCCCUGGGCCUGGUGCUGGGCCUAGUGGCAUCAUCGUGCAGCAUCCCCAUCUUAAAGGAUGGUCAUGACUCCCCGGCCCAGGGCCCUGUGAAUGCUGUAAAGGUGGGAAUGUAA